UAUUAAGCCAUCAUCUGCUGCAGCAUUGCAGUGAUUCGUUCCCACAUUUGGGGAAGGUCACGUUAUAGCGAACCGGGAGCUGCCUGCCUGCUGAUAUUGUACUGCGCAAAACCCAUAGUCCGGAUUUGUGCCUGACGUCAUGGGUAGCCACCAUUAGAUUCGUUCUUUGACAAUUGGAGCACGGAGAGUCCAAGCAAAGAUAGCCAUCAGCAUCCCCGCACGGCCUUACAAACGGGAGAGAACAAACAGAGAAGAUGUCGAGUGGACCGUUAUACGGCGCUACAUAGGGAGAUACCUCGUUUUCCUCCUCAAAGCGGCCCCCGAAAAGCGCUGCAGUGGAGAGGAGAAUGCGUCGCUAAGUGAAAGGAUACAUAGCUUUGCUGUUAAAGGGACGCAGUUGUUGCUUUUCUGCCUCUAAACAAACAGUGACAGUCCCACGGGGCUUUGGAUAAAGCAGCAAUAACAACAACUAAUCCCCAGAACGAGCACAACAACUAGGCUACGGCUGCUAACCAAGGACAUAAACCAAUAAUAACAAUGGAAACGGCAGCAGGAACUGGUUUAAGUUAAAGACAAUAGAGAUUUUUGAGAAUAGCGAAUAUUUUCUUGGUAUGUACGUUAAUUUUAGCUUUUAUUUUCUGUGGAAAUGGGAGCUUUGACCAGCAGACAAAAUGCAGGAGUGGAAGAGGUCGAUAUACCGUCCAACUCGGUGUACCGCUAUCCACCGAAAUCUGGAAGCUACUUUGCCAACCACUUCAUCAUGGGCGGGGAGAAGUUUGACUCCACCCACCCCGAGGGAUACCUGUUCGGAGAGAACACCGACCUCAACUUCCUGGGAAUCAGACCAGUGGCGUUUCCCUAUGCGGCCCCGCCUCCUCAGGAGCCAGUAAAGACGCUACGAAGCCUUAUAAACAUCCGUAAAGAUACACUGAGGCUCGUACGGUGUAGUGAGGACCUGAAACUGCCAGGGGAGGACGUGGCAGCGAAAAGCAAAGCCUGUUACAACAUAGAGUUCACCUUCGACGCUGACACACAGGUGGCCAUCACCAUCUACUAUCAAGCUAUAGAGGAGUUCCACAACGGAGUGCCUAUCUACAUUCCCCAGGACAGCUCUCUCCAGUCAGAGACGGUGCACUUUAAGAGAGGAGUCUGUCAGCAGUUCUGUCUGCCCUCCCACUCCAUCAAUCUGUCAGAGUGGGCCGAUGAGGAGUUGCUGUUUGACAUGGAUAAGGAUGUGUUUCCCAUGGUCGUUCAAGCGACAGUAGACGAGGGGGAAGAUCACAUGGGUCACUCCCAUGUCCUCCUGGCCACCUUUGAGAAGCACAUGGAUGGGAGCUACUGUGUCAAACCUCUGAAACAGAAACAAGUGGUGGAUGGGGUGAGUUACCUUCUUCAGGAGAUCUACGGCAUCGAGAACAAGUACAACAGCCAAGAAUCAAAGGUUGCGGAUGAUGAGAUCAGUGAUAACAGUGCAGAGUGUGUGGUGUGUCUGUCGGACGUCCGCGACACACUCAUCCUGCCCUGCAGACACCUGUGUCUCUGUAAUGCCUGCGCCGACACUCUCCGCUACCAGGCCAACUGCUGCCCCAUAUGCAGACUGCCGUUCCGGGCCCUGCUGCAGAUCCGAGCCAUGAGGAAGAAGCUGAGUCCUCUCUCUCCUGCCGGGUUUAACCCCGUUAUCACCUCCCAGACCUCCGACUCAGAGGAACACUCGGCGUCAGACCACAUCCCCCCAGGUUAUGAGGCCGUGUCUCUCCUGGAGGCUCUGAACGGGCCCCUGAGCGUGUCUCCCUCGGCUCCCCCUCUGCAGGAACUCUCUGGGGGCCACGUCUCAGGGACCCUGCCCCACUAUAGCAGUGAGCCCCACCCCGCCCCGGCACGCUCCAUGUCCCCCCUGGACCACUCCAACUCCAGCCAGGGACUCAAACUGAAGAAGAGCGGCUCCAAGUCUCUCUCCCAGAAUUCUUCGGUGCUGCCCGAGGAGGAGGACGAGAAGUCAGAACGCAGCGAAUCAGAAGUUCAGGCCUGCCGCCGGAAACAACAACCGGAGAGUGGUGUAACUCCAGAGAGUGAGAAUCUGACUCUAUCCUCGUCUGGAGCCAUCGACCAGUCCUCCUGUACUGGGACACCUUUCUCCUCCACCAUCACCUCCCCUGAAGACCAAGUGAGCAGUAGCCUGGCCCAGUCAGUCAUGUCCAUGGCUUCGUCCCACAGCCAUCACUCUCAGAUCAGCACUGACACCCUGUCUUCCAUGUCUGGCUCCUACCUGGCUGGGCCGGAGGGGGAGGUAGAGGGGGAGGAGGGGGGAGAAGCAGAGGGGGAGGAGAACCAGGAUGCACCCAUGGAGAGCCGGGGACCCUCACAGCAGGAUGGGGAAGUGAGACGGGGGAGAGAAGGGAGAACAGGGGUGGAGAGAGAGCUACCCAUGGAACCAAAAGAACAGAACUUCUCAGUCGCUGUGUCAGACGAGCAGGAUUCAGAGGGAAAUGAUGUCACAGAGGAAGACUGCCCCUCGCCUUCCCACGAGCAGGGUGGGCGGAGCAGGUGUCCAGAGUUGGCCAAUAACAAUCAGGGCGUCGCCCUCUGCGACACGCACUGUUUGGGGGGGCUGGACAAUGAGCAGGUUCCCGACUGCCGAUUCGCCGGUCUGAUGUAUCUGGGAGGCUAUAGGCCAGUGUUGGAGCCUCUCCCCCACCACGCCUCAACCAGUAAUAUCAACCUGGAGGAGCAGGGGGCGGAGACUAGGGAUGGCCAGAGUCCCAAACAAACACCUCACACACCACGCCGCGGACCACUCAUAGUGUAACACGCACACACCCGUACAAUUCCGACCUCAGCGUCAUAACAGCAUAGACUGAUAUUUUAGCCAUUUUACGCAACCUCAUGAUUACGCAGUAGACCUUCCUCCCUGCAUCUCCUCACCUAAUCAACCAACGCCCAUGUCCUGAGGCAGUGUCCUCACUGAACCGUCCUGCACCUCUCCUCACUGAACCGUCCUGCACCUCUCCUCACUGAACCGUCCUGCAUCUCUCCUCACUGAACCGUCCUGCAUCUCUCCUCACUCAACCGUCCUGCAUCUCUCCUCAGUCAACCGUCCUGCACCUCUCCUUGCUCUGGACAAUAGAUGAGAAGCAUCUAUCUCAGUUGCUAAAUCUAAAUCUAACAGGAAAAUCUUGAAGAGGAUUUAACCUAUCCACAGUCCAAAAAGGAGACUGCUAGAGUUAGACCAUUCUCCCCCUCAAUGUGUCAUAAUGGCUUUCUUGUGUUUCGUGUCAUUGGUAGACCUUUGGGACUCCUCCCCUUGCCUCUACCAACCAACCAAUCAGGGGUUAGUGUGAUCUGCAAUCUAAUUAAUAUUCAUGUAUUUCUGUUUGACCUUCUAACGAAUGGUCGAACACUAUAAAAACAACAGUUAGCUUCACUAGACGACCAAACUGGAUUGUACUGGACUCACCAGCUCCAGUCCAUGAACCAGUAGACUCUGGCCCUGGUUUUGCAUGCAGCUCUUUUAUGUCUCCAAUCAGCCCUACUGUACUCAACUGUGAUCUAUCCUGAAUGGGACUUGCCUCGUUAGCUAAGAAACUGGACAUGCUGGUGAAAGAAGGAUUUGAUCCAAAAUGGCGGUGGUAGAUUGAUACUGAACUGUAAAGAAGACAGAGUGGAGUCCCUGAGAAUGUACGAUGCCGAUGGAAGAUGUGUAACACUCAGAGGAGAAUGUAACGUAAUGAUUUGUUUUGGGGUUAUUAACUGUAGAAGAAUGACCUCUGAACUUCGAACUACCACCUGUGUCACUUGCACACCUUUCCUAACGCACACACCAGAUUAUCUCAGUCUGAUUUACUGGUGUAAAGAGCUUUACCACAAAGACACUAAAGCAAUACAGAACCUGUACCUGUAAACAAGUAACACACAUCACCCUACAAAAACACCUGUGCUGUUCGAUAGACAAACCUGAACCUUCUCAUUUUGUGAAAACCUUUUAGUUAGUUUCAUUUUCUAUUAUAUUGUUUUUAGUGUAUGCUCUACUCUUAAUGUCGUCACAUGUUCUGUGUUUUAUUUGUUUAAACAAAAAUGUGUUGCUCAUUACGUGGAUGAUAUGUGAAAUUAAUCAUUUGUAUUUUAGAAGAAAAAAAAACGACAUAAAAAAAACGGGAUGAUGACACCAACAUGGAAUGCACUUCUUGCUGUUACCCAGGCAACACACUUUGCGGUGCAUGAGGCGAUUGUAGAGUAAAGCAUGGUAGUCUAGGUCAGUCUCCACCCCUGUAGAGUACCCACAGUGGUAUGCUCCACAGAUCCUCACACCCCUAAAGAGUACCCAUAGUGGUACACCCCUCUGAUCUUUCUGUUUUGUCAUAUUGUCUCCAAAAUGACACCCUAUUCCCUGUAUAGUGCACUACUUUGACCAGAACCCAAUUCCCUGUAUUGUGCACUACAUUUGACCAGAGCCUUAUUCCCUUUUAAGUGAAGGUAGCGAGCCACAUGGGGCAAUAGGGUGACAUUUGAGAUGCAUAGAUAGUCCUAUAAGAUACACUACAGAUCCUUCCUUAUCCUCAACUACAGGCUGGCUACAGCUGUUAGCUAGUGGUCACACCGUCAGCUCAUACACCCCUACCUGUAUCCCUCUCACCUACAGUAUACUGGACCAUGGGUCACUUUUGUAGAAUGCUGAUUGAAAAUGUCAACUGCAAGAAAAAAAAAUAAAGUUUUUCGAACUAAAGUC